AUGAACGAUCGAAUAGGGAGUUCGACAAUUCCAGAUGGCGAUGAGUUGGCGAAGUCCUUAAAAACGCUAGCCAAAGGCCUUUCACUACAGUCGGCCGACUACAAUGCAAUAUCACAGAAGAUUAUGAGCGCUCUGCCGCCUUGCGUGAAACCCUCGGAUCUAGUGAAAUUUACUGGAGAAGUUCUGGUAGCCAUGACUACGAAACACCCCGAUUUUGCCAAUCUAGCUGCAAGGUGGGAAAUAUCCAAUCUACAUGAAAGACUCAAGGGUCUGACAUUCACCCAAAAUCUAUCUGUUAUCCGAAAUUUUAGAUCGCUGGAUGUAGCCACCCAACCUACCAAAAGGCGUAAAACAGAGGCGCCGCUCAGCUCGAAAAAACUGAUAUCUGACGAAUUUUACGAACUCGCUUUGAAGCAUAGUGAAGUCCUGGAUACAGCCAUUGCGUUUGAACGAGAUUUUGAUUUUUCUUACUUUGCCUGGAAAACAAUGUGCAAAUCUUAUCUCAUAAAGCGAGACAACAAGGAAAUCCACGAAACUCCACAGUUUUUAUUUAUGAGGGUAGCACUUGCUAUUCAUGGUCCACGGGAUGAUAUAGAAGGUGUUCUGCAAACAUACGAUUUAAUGUCGCGCAAGUAUUUUAUCCACGCAUCCCCUACUCUCUUUAACGCGGGGACGGUAAAUCAAUAUUUAUCUUCAUGCUUUCUGGUGGGAAUGAUCGAGGAUUCGAUUGAUGGUAUUUAUCGCACAUUGCACAAAACAGCAAUGAUUUCAAAAGCCUCGGGCGGAGUUGGUAUUCAUGUGUCCAACGUCAGAGGAUCUGGAUCUUAUAUAUCGGGUUCUAACGGUACAUCUAAUGGUCUUGUACCUAUGCUGCGUGUCUUUAACAAUACUGCAAGGUAUGUCGACCAAGGUGGUAAUAAGAGACCUGGGGCUUUUUGCAUUUAUCUAGAGCCGUGGCAUUCAGACGUUUUUGAUUUUUUACAGCUGCGUAAAAAUCAGGGCAAAGAAGAGCUCAGAGCUCGCGAUCUCUUCUGUGCGCUUUGGAUUCCAGACCUCUUCAUGAAACGUGUACAAGAGAAUGGAAACUGGAGUCUUUUUUCACCAGACGAAGCACCAGGUUUGCAGGAUUGUUUUGGCCGACAAUUUGAUGAUUUAUACGAACAUUAUGAACAAACUCAAACUCCCGCUAAAACUGUGCUUGCACAGAGUUUAUGGAGUGAGAUCUUACAAAGUCAGGUUGAAACGGGAGGGCCAUUUAUGCUUUAUAAAGACGCUUGCAAUAAAAAGUCAAAUCAACAAAACCUGGGGACAAUAAAAUCUUCGAACCUAUGUUGCGAAAUUGUGCAGUAUAGUUCACCGGAAGAGACCGCUGUUUGUAACUUAGCUUCUGUCGGGUUACCAUCAUUUGUGAAGGUCGAAGAUUCUAUUGCAAUAUUUGACUUCGAAAAGCUGCACCAAGUUGUGAAAAUAAUGACCACUAAUCUGGACAUAGUGAUUGACAUUUGCGACUACCCUGUAAAGGAUGCUGAAUACAGCAAUAAGAGAAACAGGCCUCUAGCGAUUGGCGUACAAGGGAUGGCUGACGUCUUCUACAUGCUUAGGAUUCCCUUCCAGUCCGAAAGUGCUCGGAUUCUUAACCGCCAAAUUUUCGAAACCAUGUACCAUGCUGCUGUCGAAAUGUCAAUUGAGCUAUCAAAAAAGUACGGACCUUACCUCAGCUUUAAGGGGUCCCCCAUAUCGCGCGGAAAAUUCCAAUUUGAUCUAUGGGGGCUCGAUGAUAACAGUUAUCAAUUUCUGUACACUGACUGGGAUCAUUUAAGAAACGAGGUUCAAACGCACGGUAUGAGGAACUCAUUGCUAAUUGGUCCUAUGCCCACGGCGUCUACAUCACAAAUUCUAGGAUUUGUAGAAUCUUUUGAACCGCUAACAUCUAACAUAUAUGUUAGGAGAGUGCUGAGUGGUGAAUUCACGGUUGUCAAUAAAUAUAUGAUUGACGACUUUUACCGUCUGGGUAUUUGGGAUGAGAAGCUGAAAAAUCGCAUAAUUGCAAAUGACGGGUCUAUUCAAGACAUAGAAGGGAUUCCAACUGAUAUGAAAGAACUUUACAAAACGGUUUGGGAGAUUCCACAACGAGUGCUGAUUGAUUUGGCAGCUGAUCGCGGCCCUUUUAUCGACCAGUCUCAAAGUCUCAAUUUGUAUCUAAAAGAGCCGACCAUGGGAAAGCUCACCAGCAUGCAUUUCUACGCAUGGAAAAAAGGCUUGAAGACCGGCAUGUACUAUUUGAGGACGCAAGCUGCGUCGCGCGCUAUCAAGUUUUCCAUCAACGCUGAGAACACCUUGAAUGGACCUGUGAGUAUACCAGAGGGAGCAAAAAUACCACAGGUCACUAUAAAAGGUAACUAUCUCCAAGUUUGCGAUCCGCAAAUUGAACUCAAAAGCCCCGAGCCCGGGCCCGUGCUGCAAACACCAGGCUCACGCACUAGACGAGAGAGCUUCGCUGGUCGAGGCGACGUGUUUGGAAUUCACGAUUCCACCCCUAUCGCGUGCACAACGACCGAAAAUCCUGGUGCCAGUUGCGAGAGCUGUUCUGGUUGA